CAGAGGAGUACACGCCUGAUCCCCACGCCACCACCGGUGAGAACUGCUCCAUCGACUCGAGUUCUAACAGGGAUGUCUACAAGGAUCUCUCGACUACCCAUCGUGCCUCCAGCAACAUCCGCGCCCACAAUGCCAUCUACGUCAAGUACAACGACCAGGACUCCCACGUCAACAACUACCACGACGAAGACCACGAUGAGGACGGCCACCACGACCCCCACGACGACGACCACGACGAAGACCACAAUGACGACGGCCACCAUUACCCCCACGACGACGACCACGACGAGGACGACCACCGCGACGAUCAAAAUCACCACGACGACCACGACGACCACGACCACGUCCACAACCACGACGACAACUACCCGCCCGCGAACUACCACCAGCUACCCUGCCGAUAAAGGUCCUCUACUCUGCACAAUCAAGGCUCUCAACCGCUACCCCGGACACCGAAUGCAAGAGGUCAUCAUGGAGGGUGUUCCGAACGCUACCGUUUGCGACUACAUCAUCCUCGACAUCGCGCAGUCACCGGAUGGCAGCUAUAACGCCACUUCGUACGAUCUUCUGCCUCCUACCAACAGAUACUUGUUCACGAUUGACAACAGCGGCGUUCACGAGUAUGUGGAGAGCAUCAUCAGCAGCAGGAAGUUCAUCGAAAGCGUCCGGCUGAUAUAUAAGGUUUUACCUAUAAAAGGAUGUGGCCUGUUCGAGGAGCUUUCCUCUGCCGGAAGUACCUACACUCCAGCCGAGGUCACCUCACUUAAAUCCAUAUACAAGACGCUGCACGAGAAUUUGAAAAUUGAAGUUGGCAUAAAAACGCCGUUCACCUUCUACGCUUUCAGGCCAUACAAACUUGCACCCAAUUUUGCUACCUAUACACAAUUCAUGCAAAGUAUCAGCGGGAUGGCAAGUGUGAUAAUCAUUCUGACUAUUACGGAGGCCGGCAACAGCCAGCCGGAGCCGCCAGGCGCUUGGGACAGCAGCUGCCUGUUCUUCGAUUCGCAAACCAGAAUAGAGGAUGCGGUGCGGCUUAUCAGCAUGGUGACACCGCCCAUGAAUAUGUUUGCCCUCGCAAUAAGCUUUCGAAUCGACAUUUUUCCAAAGGUUCAACUCUCUGAAAUUCGCCAGAAGACAACUACGCCGGGCCUGGAACGCGUGGGAGGCAGCAGUAAUCACAUAAUUCAAGAAUUUAAAUCUGUAUGCUAUGCAAAUGUGUACAAAAGCGACAUGAAAGGGGCGAACUUCAAGUACUUUCCAGACGGCUGUUGCACUUUCGCCAAAUUCUCCGAUCCCUUCCAUAGCGGAGUUGCUUCUUUUGAAACGGCUCUAUCUAUACAGGAUAAGAUCAACAAGACGAACGAGAAACUCCAGCAGCUGAACCUCGUUUCCACCCACGUAGUUGGAUGGCUGGCUCAUAACCUUACGUUUAACCUCGCCCCACAGGAAUGCGGGGGCCAAGCGAACCGGCUCCUCAAGAUGCGUGAAGCGAUAGGCUGACCGCACAGCGGCUUCUCAUGGUCGAUGAAUGGUGCAGCCAUACAUAGGGCUCCUUUUCAAGCUGCAAAUUGUGAAAAGACACGCUGAAAUAGCUGACGCAUCAUCUCGCCAACGAGACAAUAUUGUACAGGGGAACGCCAUAGAGGACAAAAAAAAGAGACUAUCACAAAUAGGAUAUAACGACUCAUAAUUCGGAUGUCACGCAACUAUACGAGCGUAAUACUUUCAGAAGUAACUGAUACACUUGAUGAAAUGUGCACACGCGUCCUCUUUAUUGGCGCAAGUAGCGCAAAUUGUGAUUUUCGUGCUUUUAGCAAUGAGUGGCUGGAGUUAUCACUUUGUUUGUGUCGUCAGGUUUUGAUCAUUGCAGCGUCCACCGCAGCCUUCUAGACUUUCUAGUAGUGUAUGUGCGGGUACGCCAUAGAGGACAAAAAAAAAGAGACUAUCACAAAUAGGAUAUAACGAUUCAUAAUUCGGAUGUCACGCAACUAUACGAGCGUAAUACUUUCAGAAGUAACUGAUACACUUGAUGAAAUGUGCACACGCGUCCUCUUUAUUGGCGCAAGUAGCGCAAAUUGUGAUUUUCGUGCUUUUAGCAAUGAGUGGCUGGAGUUAUCACUUUGUUUGUGUCGUCAGGUUUUGAUCAUUGCAGCGUCCACCGCAGCCUUCUAGACUUUCUAGUAGUGUAUGUGCGGGGGGAGGGGGGUUGGUUUGGAUUGCUGCGCACUGGAUUGUCCCAGCGCUGACGCGUUCGCAUGUCAUAGGGAGGCGGGGAGGGGUGAAGUCGGGCCCCCAAGGCCCCUCCUAUAGACUUGAAGGUGUCGCUCUUGCUUUCGCAAGGAGCAACUGGAGGCGCAGCGUUUAUUUCGCUAAAGAUAGAUACUCCAGAUCGGCAGCAAAAAUGAAAAGUUAACGCAAAGGAACUGAAGUGACGGAAAAAACGUAAGAAAAUUCUGUCACCGAUAUUAAAACAUGCAAGGCUCCAUGCACACUGGACCUGCAAUGUGGGUAGCAAACUAAAGGCACCUCAUGCAGUAAACUGUAUCAGCUAUGGCUUCCCAAUUGGUUUAGCUGGCGGGUCGCAAAACAUUGUGCUCGGCGAAGUAUCAGUCGUAUCCCAUCGCCCAAUCACUGAUAAAUAUACAUCAUCAUCAUCAUUUAUUUUUUCCUUAAGGACCCUUGUCGGGGUAUUACAUAAGGGGGUUACAGAAGAUAAGGAUAGAAACAAA